GGAGAGGAAAAUGUUGCUACUCUGUGAGUUAUCUUGUUGGUUUUCUCUCUCUUUUCGAACAGGUGGUAGAGAAGCGUAGGAGCUCGUGUUGUCUCUUCCAACUACACCCUCUUCCUCGGGUCUUUCUCCCUCUCUUCCUCAGUCUCUCACCAUCCACACCCGGCACGGACGUGGGAUUUUGCGUUCUGCGACCCGUACACAUAUAGAGGCGCGCGCGCAUACACAAGAAAAUGGCGGCUGCUGACUGGCCUCAAACGCUCAACAGCUUCGGGGACGUCCAUUACUUUUACGGCCCGCCGACGAGUAACCCGCCGCACCACCGCUUCGACAAGGGAUCCUACGUCUACCUCUUUGAGAACGCAAACGACCGCCGCGCGCGCAUUGAGAUUGCCAACCAGCCCGGCAGCGAAGAUCAAGAUGCCUUUGACGGAUUCCUCGACAAGACGCACGUCCGAUACUCGUACAACCACCAGUGCAUGGUAACCCUCAUCGUAGGCGAGACGACGGACCAGAUGGAAUGGCACUUGCCCACCUACGACCCCCAGAACCAGAACAAGUACCACUACAAGCUCCACUCUCUCGACAUUUACUUCUGGAAGGCCGACGACGCCCUCCAGUUCGUCAACGGCAUCCGCUUCGUCCUCCCGCCCGCGCAGGUCGAGAUCCUCGACGAACCCCAGCAGCAGCAGCAACAUAUCCAGCAGCACACGCAAAACCAACCCGUGAGCUCCGUAGUCCAACAACUCGAACAGGUCGCGAUAUCAGACCCAAACUACGGUUCCCCAAGGGGCGCUUCUGCACAGCAGCAGCAGAACGGCUCAGCCUUUGCCGGGCCACCUACCUCGGCCGUAGCCGCCGCCGCACCGCAAGCCCAGCAACAACAACAAGAGCAGCCGGCGAGCUUCGUCCCAAUGGCAUACAACCCCGCCGCCCCCGCCGCCCCAGAAACGAUCCGCCACAGAGAAAAGACCCCGCCCCCCGAAGACGGCGUCGCCGACCCGCUAGCCGCGGCCGUCGCCUACGACGCGCAGGCCCCGUUCUCGCCGGGCUUUGUGCCCCCUCCCGGGUUCCAGAGCGCACACGGUCAGGGACACGGGGCCAUCGGCCUCCCCCCGCCUCCUCCGCCGCCGCAAUUCGGUGGUCCCCCAGGCCAACCCGUCCUCCAGCGCGCGGUAACGAUGCCAGCGCAAGCCAUACACGGCGGCCUCGCGUCACCGGGUCUAGCAAACCCGUACGGAAGCCCGUUCCCUUCGUCCCCUGGCUUCGCGCCGCCCCCUCCGCCGCCGGCUUCUCAACCGCCUCAACUGCAACAGCCGCAACCGCAGACGCAGACGCAGACGCAGACGCAGCAGGGAACCCCGCAACCGCAAGCCGCUGCCGUUCACGACCCUCCGACACCGCCUUCAACGACUUCCGCCGCAUCCGCGCCGCCUGCGGCUGGAGCACCGAUGUCGCCUCCGCCUGGCGGGUUCUCGCAGUACUCGUAUAGCAGCAGCAACGGACAGCAGCAGCAGCAGUCGGGGGCGUUUGAUUAUUCCAUCCAUCAGCAGGCGUAUCGGCCUACGGAGAUGGAGGCGAGCAAGCAUAAGGGGUAUACGGGGAAGCAGGACCCGUCGGGGAGGCUGGAGGCGAAUGUUGGGAGGUUGGAGAAGGGCGUUACGGGGAUGUUUAGGAAGUUUGAGAAGAAGUUUGGGUAAAUGGAGGAUGAGGAUGUUGUGGGAUUUGGUGUUGUGGGUUGGGAUGAGGGAAGAGGGGAGGGGGGAUAUAAUUUUUGAUGAAUUUUCCUUGUUCUUUAAUUCCAUGAUUGAAUAUGUAGGUGAGCAAUCCUGGGUAGUUGACCUUGAAGCAAAUACUUCUUUAGAGACUUCUUUUUCAACCGAUAUUUCUGGGAUUGCGUGCCUCGUCAACCAGUUGGACUUUUGCCUGGGUGUAUACUACUUGAUCAGUGAAGUUGCCUCCAGCAAAUUAGCUCGUGAGGUACAAUACCGUCAAUGUCAUGGCCCCCGGUAGUCGAGGCAGCCUCAUCCAAAUCUCGUCACAGAAGCCAAGUAGUCAUCGCCUUGAGACCUGUAUAC